CUACCGAAGACCUAUAUACGUACGCAAAUUAAUAUUAAUUCCCCUGUUCUCAAACAGAGCUCCAUUUUUCGGAUCUUGAAUCUUUCAGAUCUGCCAAAAAAACUGAGAAGAUCGAUCCAAGAAAUUAACCCCCACAAUCCAAAAUGCACAGUGGAAGCCAUAACUUUCCCAAUGAGGAAGCUGGCAAGAUCUUCCCAAGGCUUCUGUCAAAGGAGACCUCUCUGGCCAACUCUUCUUGCAGGGUGCUCUACUACGGAGGCGCUUCCGGUGCGGUUCCCUUCACGUGGGAGUCACAGCCGGGAACACCUAAGCACACCCUUUCUGCGGCGUCUCUUCCUCCCCUCACGCCCCCUCCUUCCUAUUAUUCUAACUCCAUCUCCAACUCCAUGAAAAAGAGCUCGAAGCCAAACGUCUUGUACGCCAUUUUCCCCAAGCUGUCUCCGAGGAAGGCUCUUGUGUCGCCGUCGUCGUCGCUGUCGUCUGUUUCGUCUUCGUCGUUAUCGUCGUGGUCGUCGUCAACAUAUUCAGUAUCGCCAAAAUAUCAUAGAUCGCCUACUUCAACGUUGUCGUUUGGUGCAAGGCGUAAAGGUUCGAAUCGGUUCCGAGGCUGCUACUCAAUGGGGAACAUGAAGAGUGCAUUCUUGGCGAUUGUAGGUCAGCGAUCAGGCCAAGGUAAAUCUAAUUAGCAGUGACUUUUAUUUUAUAUAUGAUUAUGAAUUUUUUUUUUUUUUUUUUUGGGUUCUUGUGGGCUACGUACGUUGUUGUGUUCAACGUCAUUUCUCAUGAUCGUGUGAAACGAUGAUGUCCUUGAUACUAUUCAUGUUAAUUUCCAAAUUUUCUACGUCGUCUGUGUCGCCGGCCACCAUUGUCAUUAAAUAAUAAACGUGAAUGGAAGAUCUUGUAAAAACGCACAAACAAAGUGCUUGCUUCUUUGUCGUUUAUCAAAACCUGAUGCAGAUCCUUUU